AUGACUUCACCAUGCUUUGGCAGCACACUUCCAUGGGCGGAACCGAGCUGGUAUACUGGGCGUCCUUCUCCAUACUACAAAGAGAGUCAUCGUCGGCUGAGAGAUGCUGUAAGGCAGUGGUGUGACGAGCACGUCGCCCCCUACAAUGAAGAGUGGGUUGAAGAAGGCGCUAUCCCCGCAUCGCUCUAUUCCGAGUGCGCAAAAGCUGGCCUGCUCAUUCCCAUCGCGGCCGGGAAAUCCAUCCCGAAAGAAUGGUCUCACUAUCCUAUUAUCGGCGGCAUUAAGGCAGAGGAAUGGGAUGGCUUCCACGACCUCGUUCUCUGGGAUGAACUUGUUCGUGGCGGCAGCAUUGCUAGCUUGUUCAUCGGACUGACUGUCGGUGCGCCUCCACUCCGGCAAUUUGCUAGCAAGCAACUGCAGGACAAGAUCUUCCCUGAGAUUCUGUCUGGAGAGAAGAGGAUCUGUCUCGCCGUGACCGAGCCUGCUUGCGGGAGCGAUGUUCGCAACCUGACCACAACGGCCGAGAGAACACCGGACGGAAAAUAUUUUAUGGUGAACGGCGAAAAGAAAUGGAUUACCAAUGGCAUGUUUUCCGACUACUUCAUGACUGCAGUGCGAACUGGUGGUCCCGGUGCUGAAGGAAUUUCUAUGUUGCUGAUUCCUCGCUCUGAGGGUCUCCGCACGCGCCCUGUUUCCGUUAUUGCUGGGCCGCUGUCUGCAACCACCUAUGUCACCUUCGAAGACGUUAAGGUUCCUGCAGAAUACCUAAUUGGAGCCGAAGGCGCCGGGUUCAGGCAAACAAUGGUAAACUUUAACCACGAGAGGUUGUGGAUAGUUUUCCAGGGGUUGAGAGGAUGUCGAACCGCGGUUCACGAUGCGUUUCAAUGGGCGCUAAAACGGGAGGCUUUUGGCAAGAAAUUGAUAGAACAGCCCGUCGUUCGAUACAAAUUUGGAAACAUGGGGCGACAGAUUGAAGCACUGCAGGCUUGGACAGAGCAGGUUGUCUACGAGCUGGAGCAUUUGAGUGACAAGGAUGGCGCUAGACUGCUUGGUGGAGUUACGGCGUUGCUCAAGGUUGAGGGCGGACUUGUAUGCAAGUACGUUGCGGAAGAAUGCUUGAAGAUUAUGGGAGGGCUGGGUCUUACGAAGACGGGACAAGGAGCCCGAAUCGAAGCGUUCUAUCGCAGCACACCAAGCUUAGUGGUUCCGGGCGGUUCCGAAGACGUGUUGAUUGAUCUUGGGGUGAGGGAGGCCUUGAAGCUGAGCCUCCAGGAUGAAAAGGAAAAGGCGAAACUUUAAUACCAUUGCGCCAAUAUCGCUCAUGGCGCCAAAAGGACUGGAUAUGGUGCUUCGCCGAGCCCUUGUGCUGUUUUGCUAAGUGCUGGUUAUAUGCGGGGCAACCCUCUAAAGGGAUAAGAGAAGGAGGAAGCCCAAUCAUCGGUCAAUACGAAAAAGCAAAGUGAUACCU